UUUUGACUGUCGCUUCAGGCCGUUGAACAUCCAGUCUACAGCGUAUAUUUCCUCUGUAAGCAUAAACAGCCAAGGUUGACUGCUAUCUAACACAUAGAACAUGGGUUCCGACGCCUAUCCCGUGUCCUUAUCGUCCCUUCAUUUUCCCUCCGCCGAGCAAUCCGUCUCUCAGAUUCUCUCGUCCUUGCGGCGCUCAGCCCUCUCCGUCGCCAAUAGGCUUUCUUCCAUCGAGACAGAUGCUCUCUUCGUCCAAGAGAUCUCUGAUCACUACGAUCUCCCUCUUGUUGCCAACGAGAGAUGUGGAAGUUGGUAUAUUCCAUCGGAACUGAAAGCUGGCAGCGUCUACUUCAAGAGCACCGAUGGCCACACGGGCCAAUGGGACUUCAGCUUUCGCAGGCUAAAUCUUCAACUCCUUCCGGUUGCUCGCGAGCAUGGAGGGUGUAUUAUCGUGGAUUCGACGCGCAGAGGAAAACUCAUGCCAGAUGCCUUGUCCAAAACCGUCCCAAUAUGGUGCGCUGUUAUGAACCGAGCGCUAUUUCCUUCCGACACUGCCUAUCAUGCCGUGCAGUUUCCGCCAGAUUAUCUAGGUGCAUCGGAGGAAUCGCAAAUCGAACAAAGGAUUGGCAGUUUUGUGAAAUCUCUCCAGGAUCUGAAACUUGAUUUGGAUCAACUCAGGGAACAGCUGGGGAAGCCCAUUCGGAUAGCAUGGGCAAACCGAUCUUACCUUUAUCCGGAAGAUCUGUAUAAGGGCGAGGGCUAUAAUCUACUCGUUCUCUGUUCGGCUUCUAAACGGGUCCAUGGUGCCGAAAUGUCGGAGGGAGGAUACAUCCAAGGGGCCGGAGAUGACAGCGAGAGCUGGGCACACGGUCUAACUCCCCCGGUGUUCUGGGCGAAUAAGCACGCCCUCUUGAACACGUCGGAAGAGGAUUUACCAGGGUUCAUUGAGAAACUGAUGGAGCAGCAAGGUAAAGAGGGCCCUAACCAACAAGCCUCUCUCAUUAAGCCGACAAGAAACAUCUUCAUUGGUCGAAAUGACCCCAGCUUGACUGACUCUGGCAUCUACGAUCUCGUUAUCGACUGCAAUGGGACACCGGCAGCUUCAGAAGCGGACCCGAAGCGAUUGAAUCUCGGUUGCGGCUCGUCAAAGCUGGGAAGCCGCGAUCUACGAAAAUCUUUGGACAAAGUUCAGUAUUUUAUCAACUCUCAGUUGCUAACUGAUCCAUCGCGAUCAUUACUUGUGACAUGCGAAUCUGGUAAAGAUCUCUCCGCUGGAGCGAUAUUGGCAAUACUCUGUCUGUAUUAUAACGAAGAGGGAGAUUUCAUUACUCCUCAAAUAGAAAAUACUAUCAACAAGCAAUUCAUCCGACAACGGCUUGCUUGGAUUGUGUCAUCAAAACAUGACGUGAAUCCAUCCCGAUCCACACUUCAAUCGGUCAAUGCGUUCCUCAUGCAGCGGCCGGACUACUAAAGGCUUUUAGAAGUUGCGAUGACCAUAUAUCCUGGAAUAGAAGCGGACCCUUCACUCAUUCUGAACAGCUUCCACGAUAGCUCCUGCGCUUCCCUGAUCAAGGGCAUUCAAUACGGCCAUGUCUUCCUCGCUGAUGUUGAAAUCAAAAACAUUGGCAUUGGAUACAAUUCGUGAUGGGUCGUCGGACUUGGGGAGUGGUACCCAUUCUUUUUGCAACGCAUAGCGGAUCAGUAUCUGUUGGGUCGAUUUUCCAUAUUUCUUCCCUAGUUCAACCAACGUCGGGUUAUUGGCCUUAUAGUUUCGCACAAUGGGCGAAUAAGCUUCGACAACAAUUCCAUGCUUCUUGCAGUACGCGUCUAUUACCCGCUGCUGACUGAAUGCGUGAAGCUGCAUAUACAAAUUCAAUGUGAGCUAAGAGUUGCAUGGAAAUAGUAGAUGAUAAACGAGAGAGCCAAGAGCAUUGGGAGCAAUGCAACACACUGACCUCCAGUUGGUUUACAUGUGGCGGCCAAACCUUGGCAUACUCCUUCAUCUCUUCAAUAUGCUGUACGCCAUAAUUGCUAACUCCGAUGCUCUUUGUCUUGCCUUCAGCCAACAAUUUCUCCAAUGCCUGCCAGAGCUCCUUGCGACCAGCCGGCCCGGACUUAGAACUAUGGAUUAGAAACAGAUCGACGUAUCCGUCUUUCCCCGCGAUUUUCUCAACACUGGCAAGUAGUUUGUUAUACGUAGCUUCGGGCGAACCUCCGGGACUGAGGAUCUUGGUGGUGACGAAGAUCUCGCUGCGGGGAAUACCGGACUUUUGAAUCGCCUCUCCGACCUCUUUCUCGUUCCCGUACAACUGAGCCGUGUCGAUGUGUCGAUAUCCCGCCUUCAGAGCAUUCAAGCAGGACUGUACGCACUGAUUUGUAGGGGAACGGUAGACGCCAAACCCAAGGCGUGGGAUUCGGACAUUCGAGUUCGGAAGGGGUAAAAGGUCUGCGAUGGAGUAGUUAGACGACAUGGUGGUUUGGGAAUAGGGGGUCUUUUUUUUUCAGGCGAAAAGAGACCAGGGAUUCAUGGGUCGAAGUUUUCGAGUGAGGUGGUUACUGCUUUUCUGUUCCUCCAAUUGCCCCGCUCUGGAACCCGGUGAAAUGAUAUCAUCGUAUAUCUGGGCACGCAAUGCAAGUUUACCUUCCUAUGGAACAGACAGACCGGUGAGCAUAGGCCAUAGUAAUGAGAAG